CUCUUUUGCUUAGGGGGCAACAAAAGGAUUUCCAUCCCCUUUCAAAGUGGAUUUAGUGCAGGAACUGGUGGGGGCUUUGGCCCAGGUGGAGGCUUUGGCCCAGGUGGUGGCUUUGGACCAGGUGGUGGCUUUGGACCAGGUGGUGGCUUUGGACCAGGUGGGGGUAGGCCGGGGAGUGGAUUUGGUGGUGGGCCUGGUGGUGGCCCAGGCUUUCCAGUUUUCCCAUCUACCGGCAUCCAAGAGGUGACUGUGGACCCAAGCCUUCAGACACCGUUCAACGUUGAGAUUGACCCUGAAAUUCAGAAAGUGCGAACUGAAGAACGGGAACAGAUUAAGGAUUUGAACAACAAAUUUGCUGCCUUCAUUGAUAAGGUGCGUUUCCUGGAGCAACAGAAUAAGGUGCUAGAAACGAAGUGGAGCCUCCUGCAGGAACAAGGAGGGAUAACAACUGGUUCUCAAAGAGACAACAUUGAACCCAUCUUUGAGGAAUACAUCAGUAACCUGAGGCAGCAGCUGGAGGGUCUAAACGGGGACAGAGGUCGCUUGGACGGAGAACUGAGGACCAUGCAGGAUAUGGUGGAGGAGUUCAAGCAAAAAUAUGAAGAGGAAAUCAACAGGAGGACAGUUGCAGAGAAUGAGUUUGUGAUGCUCAAGAAGGAUGUGGAUGCUGCCUAUAUGGCCAAGGUAGAACUGGAGUCCAAGGUGGAUACUAUCAGUGACGAAACCAGCUUCUCAAGAACUCUCUUUGAUGCGGAACUUUCUCAGUUACAGGCACAAAUUUCAGAUACAUCUGUCAUACUAUCAAUGGACAACAACCGAGUCUUGGACCUAAAUAGCAUCAUCGCUGAGGUGAAAUCCCAAUAUGAGGAGAUUGCUAAUAGGAGUCGGAAUGAUGCAGAGCUCACCUACCGCUUCAAGUAUGAAGAGCUGCAGUCAUCUGCCGACCAGCAUGUUGAUGUCCUGCGUAACACCAAGAAUGAAAUUUCGGAGCUGAAUCGAAUGACCCAGAAGCUCAAGGUUGAGAUUGAAAAUGUGAAAAAACAGAUUUCUAAACUGCAGACGGCCAUUACAGAGGCAGAGGAGAGGGGGGAACUCGCCCUGAAG